AUGAAUGCGAUUCGGAAGGCCUCGAGGUGGGCUUUUAGUGAGAAGAAUGGAGAGGAUGGUGAUCCUGGUUCGCCGGGUGGAAAUGGUAAUGGCAGCGAGAAACAGUUAGGUGUCGAGGGAUCGGGUCCUGCCGAGUCGGGGGUCGACGAACCGGCUGCUAAAGCGCUUCUCGCGUUGGGUGACGCGAAAGACGAGGAGGAAAAGAAGAAUAAUAAGUCGAAAAAGACAAGAUCCAGGAAAAGAGCUUCUAAACAGGACAGCGAAAAGUCUCCUGUUGAGAAUGAGAAUAUUUUGAAUGCCGGUCAUGAGGCAAUUGCUGUUGCUGCUGCUACUUCCGCUACUUCUGGUUCUGCUGCGAAUGCUGAAAACAGCGUGGAUAACCAUCGAGAACCUGAUUUUGGCAGCGUUGGCGAUGUUAUACAGUUUGUGGGCUCGUUAUCGCCAAAUGCCAAUAGCGGUAACAAGAAACGUAAACUGAAUAAUAACGCGUCAACUGCGUUCGAUAACGGCGAUAUCUCGGGCUUUGAGUCGAAUUGGGGUACUUAUCUCAACGACGACAUGGCUGACGGGUCGUCUCAGGCUCAUAAUGAGGAUUACAUGUUCAUUCAGCCUCAACAGAUCCAGCAACAACAGCACCAACACCAGCAACAGCAGCAGCAGCAUCAGCAUCAGCAGCAUCAACAACAGAACUCACAACAACAGCUCCAACAGAAUCACCAUGCUCAGAAUCAUCAACAACAACAACAGCAGCAACAACAACGUCAACAGCAACAACAACAGCAACAGCAGCAGUCCCAGCAACAGCAGGAGGAACCGUCUCAAGAUCAGAAGAAGAAGAGAAAGGGUAAGAAACGAGCUCUUAAUGUUGACCCUGCUCUGGCUCAUUUGGACGAUACUGGUCCAGGCCAGAAUGAACAUUUUAAAGAACAGCAGCUCGUGGAACAGGCCAUGUUAGAAGCCCAUGCUAUUGCUACUGAGUUAGAAUCGUCGGAGACAACCUCCGGUGCUGCUGCCUCGAGCAUUGUUAACGGUGCGGGCGCUGGUUCCGAUGCUUCUGCUGUAGCUACUGCCGCUGCUUUAGCAGCUGCUGCUGCCACUGCUCAGCAGUUACAACUCGAUCACCAGCGUCAUCUCCAUCAUAAGUAUCUUCAUUCUCCGGGAGGAGUCGUGGCUAGUCAGCAGCAGCAACACCAGACAACCCAACAACCUCGUAGAAAACGGCCCCAUGAUUCACAACAACACCGUCAUGAAGACUUGGUCGACCAGGAACUUCAAGACUCUAUUAAAAAUAAUUGGGCAUUGCUGGCUGAUGGACAGGAUGUCAAAGAACGAGGUGGUUCGUUCACAAAAGAAGAAGCUGCUCAACUUGACAGGUUUAUGGAACAUUAUAUGGCUGCCAAGGGGUUGACUCGAGAUGAAGUUUGUAGCCGAGUAUGGUCGAGCCAGCGGAAAAAGGAUAAUUUCUGGGGUCUCGUGUCGUCUGUCUUGCCCUAUCGAACCCGGUCAAGUGUAUAUAAACACGUACGACGAGCAUACCAUGUGUUCAAUGCUCGUGGUAAAUGGGACAAGGAAACAGAUGCCCAGUUGGCUGCACUUGUAAAUGAGCGAGGUGCUCAAUGGAAGGCUAUUGGUCUGAGUCUUGGAAGAAUGCCCGAAGACUGUCGAGACAGAUGGAGAAACUAUCUCAAAUGUGGUGAUCAACGAAACCAGAACAAAUGGACUAUUACCGAAGAGAACAAGCUCAAAGAGAUUGUUAUGACAAUUCUCAGCGACAACCCUGCUGCUGACAUCAACUGGACAGUUGUCAGUGACCGCAUGGGAGGUUCACGAUCCCGCAUCCAAUGCCGAUAUAAAUGGACCAAGAUCCACAAGAAUAUGAAUGCCACUCUUGUAGACUCGAUGCCCAAUGCUGACAAGAAAGUGUUUUUGGAGUUGUUGAAACACUAUGCCAACGAGCAGCAAAUCAACUGGGAAACGGUGGCCGUCAUUGAAGGCAAGGGCAUCUUCUCGGCCAAAGACUUCGCUACCAUCUACACCCGUCUCAAACUCAAAUACUUUGGCACCGAAACUCCCAACAAAGAUUAUAUCGACGCCAUCACCGAACUCAUCGACUUCCUCGACAAAGAAGACGUGCCAAACAAACCUCUCUCCCUACCACCAACCACCGACGAGCCCCAAAACGCGCCAAAACCCGUCCUACACGCCACCACUACCCCUGUUCCUGCUAGAUAA